AUGAAGUCCCGCGCGGGCUUUGCGACUGCCCUCCUCACGACGACGACGACUCCGCUCACAUGCGCCUUCUCCAUCCCCUCAUUAUCAUUAUUAUCCCGGCGAGCGAUCGAAGAAAGAGCGACCAACAGCACGACCAUUCCAGCUGCCAUAGAGAUUGGGCCCAGCCAGUACUGGGACGGAGAUGGUGAGCGCGCACGGCGACUGCAUUGCGACUGCAUUGCACCCUGCAUGAGGACGCGGGUGGUAUUGAUGGACGUACUACAUGAUGUAUUCUGACAUGGCUUUACAGAUGGCCCGUGGUCAUCAUUCCCACUGCAGGUCGGACAUGCAGUACAGAACAUCCGCGUCAUGGUCAGCACCGCCGCUUCUACCAUCUUCACCGUAGGCGCAAACGGCUGCCCGUCAAUCUAUCCCGCCGACUGCGCCGAUCAACGCGGUGCCCUCUUCCUCCCCAACGAGUCCUUGACCUGGAUACCCAACAGCAUCUUCAACCCGGGCAUCGAGGCCAAUCUGGGCUUGGAUCUACCCUCGAAUGUCGGCUUCGAUACCGUCACCCUCGGCUGGCAGGGCUCUGGUGGGCCUUCAGUAUCACAUAGUACCGUUUUCAACAUAUAUACCCCCGCGUACUGGCUGGGCCUCUUUGGACUCAAUCCUCAGCCCACCAACUUCACCACCCUCAACGACCCGCAGCCAUCCUUCAUGCAACAGCUCGUGAGCAACAACACCAUCCCUUCCUUAUCCUACGGAUACACCGCGGGAAACCAGUACCGGCUGGACAAGGUCUUUGGAUCUCUGGUUCUCGGUGGCUACGAUUCGAAUCGUUUUCACCCCACCAAGAACGUCACCAUCCCCUUCUACUCCGACGUCAGCAGAGAUUUGCUCGUCAACGUCAAAUCCAUCACGACAGACCACGGAUCGCCGUCUGAUUUGCUUCCGGGAGGCUCCAUCUCCAUGUACGUCGACUCCACCAUUGCUCAGAUCUGGCUUCCUCUGUCCGCUUGUACCGCCUUUGAGCAGGCCUUUGGACUGACAUACGACAAUACCUCUGAAUUUUACCUCGUCAAUUCAUCACUCCACGACUCUCUGACCGCGUCAAACCCCAAUGUCACCUUCACCGUUGGAGCAUCGAGUGGUUCGACGAUCGAUGUCGUCUUGCCCUACGGCGCCUUCGAUCUCCAAGUCAAAUUCCCCAACGUCAUGAACCCCAACACCUCCUACUACUUUCCCCUCAAGAGAGCCGCCAACGAUACACAAUACACCCUCGGCCGUACCUUCCUGCAAGAAGCAUACAUCAUCGCCGACUACGACCGGGCGAACUUCACCCUCGCACCCUGUAUCUGGGAGUCCGCCAAAGUAGGCACCUCGAGCAUCAAAUCCAUCCUUCGCGCCAACGCAACCUCCCCCGGCACCGGCACCGGCGGCUCCACAACGCCCACAGGUGCAGUCGCAGGCGGCGUGGUAGGCGGUGUCGUGGGCGCCGUAGCACUCAUCGGCGGAAUCCUCUACUUCCUCCGCCGCCGCAGCCAAGCAGAAAAGAAGCGCCUCGCCGAGAUCGAAGCCAACAAUCAAGCCGAGAGCGAAACCAAAACCUCUCAAGAUUCCAACAGUGAAGGCAAACCUUUCAUCUCGGGACCCAUGGGCGGGGAACUCGCCGGGGCGGAAGUGCACGAGAUGAACGCUCCCUUCCAAGCCCCGUUAUCCGAGAUGGAUAGUCCGUACAAAGUCGAUCCGAACAAACACGGGUACAGCGAGAUGGAAGGCGGAGGAGAGUAUUUCGGCCUGAGGAAGGAUGGACCGGCGGAAGUGCACGGUAGCACGCCCAUCUACGAGAUGGCGGGCAGUGACGUGCACGAGAUGCCGGCUCCUGUUCCCGGACGGGACGUGAAAUUUUAA